AUGCAAAGAGACAUGAAGUUGUUCGGUGCUGGGUGCCCAAACCAAAUGAGCCAACAGGGGAGGAGGGCAGCAGGAAACAGAAAGGAUAAGAUGGUGCCAAGAAGCAGCAGUCCAAUCAAUGUGUACGUCGAGCUCCCCUGCAUCAUUGAACAAGCUUUAUCCACAAUUGCAUGGAAUGAUUUGGAAGACUGUGCGUCUGUGGUGAGACGGCAGAGCGACUCCCUCUGCUCUCAGCUCAACACUAAAAUCACAACACGCGACGGAACACUUACCGAAAUGAUGAGCUAUACAUGUUCUGCCAUACCGCCACAUUACCCUGCUUGGUCGUGGUGGGACUUUCAGGUAAAUGAAUCUGAUGCAGAUGACCAAGACUUCGGAGAUUAUGCACUGGAUUUCAUGGCAGAUUCUCCUGCCACGCUGGAGAGUAAUCUGUCUCCAGCUGAACUGGUGCCAUUUCUGGGAUGUGUCAUACCUCUCCUCACCCCUCAGCAGUAUUUCUCUCCAGUGGAGAGUCUGAGCCACUCUUUCACAGAAGCGAGCGACCCAUCUGUCCAAGAUGGAGCUCCCUGGCAAGGCAUCGCCCAGUGCCAAGGCAGGGCAUUCGGAGACUCUAUGGAAGUCAACAAUCAGCUCCACGAGACUCUACACCGGCAACAAGAAGAGAUUGACUGCCUUCAGGAGAGAAACCUUCAUCUCAGACAGCUGGCCAGCCGAGCUAAGCACCUGGCCUCAGUGCUUGAGAAACUGAUGACAGUCAGGGACCAAAGAGAACAAGUCAUACCUUGCGGUGAUAAAACUACACUGAGUCCCUGUAAGCGUCAACGACUGGAUGAAGGAUAUGACACAGAGUCUUCUGACACAGUGGAGGACAUGCUGAGGGACGUCAGCACACGCUGCAAUGCCGUCCUGCACAACGCUGCUACUGGAACAAGACUGCCACAGGAAUCAGAGACAAUACGCAUGUUUGGUGCAUUCUCAGGCCUAAAGACUUCUAUGUCAAAAGACAAUAGCAUGACGAUGGAUGCAUCAAAGCUUCAAGAGAGUGUCUCAUCCUUCAGAACGUCUGUGAGAGAACACAGCACCAUAAGGACUCAGGUGUUUCCUCAUGGACGUGCUUUCACUUCGAGGACUCAGCAAGGAGGAUAUCGGUUCCGCUGGCUUCCCAACGACAGCUGAAAUUAUGGUUAAAAGAUAUACAAUUACAUCCAUUAAUGUUUCUAAUUAGUGAUGGAAGGAAGUGUGGGUGGUAGUUACUGUUAAUGCCUAACUUAUAAUCUAUAGGGAGAUCUGUAAAUGAUUCAAUGUCUUUCUCAGACAGAUUUGGCCUGUCAGCCAAUCAGUCAGCUGCCUAACAAAGGAAAUGAUACUGCCACAGCUUUUGUUUUCAUUGUGUUUCUGUUUACACCACUCAAAAUCUUAUAAUCGAGCCAAACAAUGCAGCAAUUCAAUUUUUUCUACACUUCACAACAUGUUUUGUCUUGAAAAAUAACAAAUGAUUUUAUAAGCUUUGAAAUAAAAGUU